AUGAACGAAGACGGCCCAAGGCUAUCGAAGCUCAAGCUUGCAUACAAGAAAGCAAUCCAGGAAGUGCUGAAGGAGGAAAGGAAGAUAAGGGAGAUUCUUCUUGAUCCAAACACGGUUGUUGAGGACUCUUUCUUCGUCAGUAACUCGAAAGUCGAAGAAUCGUUUGAUGAGCAGCAGAGUAUGGAUGAAGAUGCCAUAAACAAGGCAGUAAAAGAAAUAUUCCUUGGCCUCAAAUCAAAGCUGUCCGACACAUUCAAAAAGAAGGUGUCCGAAUACAGCAUUGCAAGCAAGCUAAACAAUCUAGACAAGGAAAUAGCAAAGGAAAACACAUACAGCAAAAGCAUAACCUGUAACGAAUACAUAAAGGAGAUCUUUGAAUCGUAUCUGGUAGAUCCGAAGCUAAACUACAUAAGAUACAUCGAGGAGGCAAAGAAAGAGUCAUCAGAGCGCAUCAAGGCAGCAAACAAAGCAAUGGAAGGAAUUAACGAAAGGAUUAGACAGCUAAAAGAAGAAAACGCACUUUAUGACAAAGCUUAUGAUAGCUUGACCAUACAUCUACUGGAAGCCAUGGAAAACAAGAGCAUAAUUGAUAUAUGA